UCUCCCUCUCUCUCACGACACCAACACUACAUAAAGCCACCGCCCCUCGAGAUACUUCGGCAAAGUUCGCGGCGUGUUGUGGCUCUGCGAAUCGCACUUGCGAAACUCCCUUCGAUCGUAGGGCGCGGAGAUCUUCUUCUUCCGGUGAAGGAUCGAGAGAGAGAGAGAGAGAGAGAUCGGAAAUGGCGAUGCCGAAGGCGAAGGAGCUCGUGUCCUCCAACCCCGUCGUCGUCUUCAGCAAAUCGUUCUGUCCCUACUGCGUCGACGUGAAGAAGCUGCUGUCUCAAUUGGGAGUCAAUUUUAAGGCCAUCGAACUGGAUCAGGAGACUGAUGGGAGUGAGGUCCAGUCUGCACUGGCCGAGUGGACCGGACAAAGGACUGUGCCAAAUGUGUUCAUUGGGGGGAACCAUAUUGGUGGCUGUGAUGCUACGACUGCAAUGCACAAGCAGGGAAAGCUCGUGCCUCUGCUGACUCAGGCAGGAGCUCUUGCUAAAGCUUAAGAAAUUUUUUAGCUAAUUGGUCGAUCAAUCUAGUAGUCAAUAAUUGCAUACUAUUUGCAUAUGGUGGUUGAGUGUCGUCUUUGGGCUCAGUUUUAUGCUCAUCGACUUGGUCUUGUUCUGUUUGACGGAGCGGCCAAUUCCAAUCGUGUGUGUUGGAGUUGUUAGACUCCUGCUGUUAAAGUUUUCUUU